CAGAUGCAGAGAAGGAAGGCGCCCCGCCGCCCCCACGAGCGCCACCCGCUGUUACCACUGCCACCCUCCCGAGCGGCCAGUACGGCGGGACGCAGGGCGCCGUGGCGGCCACAGGCCUCUACAUGGAUACUUCUGCCAGUGGCCUUGCCGGCAAGACCAACAGGGACAGCGCCAAUCCCAGUUACAGCAGCGUGAGCAGCAGUAGCAGCUUCGGCAGCAUGGGUGCAGGGCGGGGAGCCCUGAGUCCUGGUGUGGGCAGUGGCCUGGUACUGGCUCAGCAGGAAGGAAUGAAGGUCGGCAGCGGGACGCUGCUCAGCCCCGGCAUCGAGCCCGUUAUAGAGGCGCCACGACCCUGCCACACCUCCGCCUCAGCCGCCACCAGCCCCGCGACGGUGCCCUCCACUGGACCCCUCGAGGCCCGCCGCCUGUCUGGUGUAGGGGCGCCCCUCGGGGAGGUUCAGGGAUGGGCAGAUCGCGGGGGUACCGGAGGCUUGAGGGGACUGCCUCCCCGCCGACCCUCCAGCUCGGGGAUUCACUCUGAAGGGUUCCAGCACAACUUGAGCAGCAGUCGAGAGAGCUGCGUCUAGACGAGGGGGCGGAGCUCCUUCCUCUCCUUACAUUCCCACCAAUCCCUGCCCUCCCUCUCCCUCAUCAAACGUUCCAUCUAUGCCGCGGGACGGGGAAGGCAAGGUCAGUGGACACAGCUGCCUGCUGUUCUCCCUAGUGAUGGCACGGGUGGCACCUCCGUGAAUGCCUGGCAAUACAUACGCCCCGUUCUCCUUCGCUGUCCUCCCCAACUGUUGGUAGCUGCCGCACCUGGCGCGCCUAAUGACGCCAUACCACUAAGGGACAGGUAGGGCCUCGUUUCACGCCCAAAGAAAAGUGUAAACAGGAGAUCAAGGGUGGUACUCCUUAUCCCGCUGGAUCAACACAGUGCUAAGCUUGUGUACACAAGGUGACGCUGUGCUCCUCCUCACCAGUCCCGUGCCCUUCCCUCCCCACGCCUUCCUUGAGCUGCCUCCUUUUGUCACGUCGUUUUCCUCCUGUAAUAUCCCUUCCGUCCUCACUCAUCCCCUUGCUGGCUCCUCUUACUACAUACUGCACCUGCCACCUCUCUCUCUCUCUCUCUCUCUCUCUCUCUCUCUCUCUCUCUCUCUCUCUCUCUCUCU